AUGGACAACAAAGAUGAUGGUCGCCGUAUUUCGUAUACUCCCGAGCAAUGUACUCCGUAUAACCCUAGUUCUCCGGUGUAUACUCCUAGUUCUUCGGCCUACACUCCUAGUUCUCCGGGGUAUACUCCUACUACUCCGGGUUCUCCGGAGUAUAAUCCUAGUUUUCCGCAGUAUACUCCUUACUCUCCUUACUCUACUGUGUAUACUCCUAGUUCUUCGGCCUAUUCUCCUACUUCUCCGGGUUCUCCGGAGUAUCAUCCUAGUUCUCCGCAGUAUACUCCUUACCCUCCACCGUAUACUCCUUACUCUACAGCUUACAUUCCACAAGUAUAUCACCCUACGCAACAAAAUGGAGUCCCUUCGUAUAUUCCUUCCCCUUCAUUGUACUCUCCUUCACGUUACACUGCCGCGGGUCAUACGAUCAUGAAUAGUACUCAUCCACCGCCUUCCUUCAAACCAUCUAAGGAACUCAGAGAAUCCAUUAAAAACCAGACCGAUGUUGCACUGGGAAUCACAAAGCACCUGCUUCUGACUUUAGGCAAGGACAAGAACAUGGUGUACUCCCCAUUGUCCAUCCACAUUGGUCUUGGCAUGAUAAUGUCUGGGACGAAGGGUCAUAUCCAGGACCAGUUUCUCUCUUUCUUGAAGUCCAAGUCCAUCAACGAGCUCAAUGAUCUCGCCUCCAAUGUCUAUCCUCUGGUCUUUGCGGAUGGAGAAUCAAAGGGCGGGCCUCGCAUUUCAUUUGCCAAUGGUGUUUGGGUUGAAGAGUCUCUCCAUGUCAAGCCUUGUUUCAAAGAGGCACUGGACGCCACUUACAAGGGAGCAUUGAAUCAUGUCGACUUUAGAACAAGGGCUGAGGAAGUGCGUUAUGAAGUGAAUUCAUGGGUCGACAAGAAGACCAGUGGCCUUAUUAAAGACAUUCUAUCUCCAGGGUCUGUUAGCAGAAAAACAGAUCUCAUCCUCGCUAGUGCAUUAUACUUCAAAGGAGCUUGGAAUGAAAAGUUCGAUGAAUCAAUGACAAAAGAAUUUGAUUUCCAUCUCCAGGGUGGGAGUUCAGUGAAGGCACCCUUCAUGACAAGUUCAAGAUACCAGUUCAUAAGUGUCUUUGACAGCUUCAAAGUCUUGAAGCUUCCCUACAAGCAUGGUGAAGAUUACGAUCGUCGUUUCUGUAUGUGCGUGUUUCUUCCAAAUGAAACAGAUGGACUACAAGCUUUGGUUGAGAGGGUUUGUUCCGAGUCUAUAGAUGGAUAUAUUCCCCGCACAUCUGUUCCAGUUGGUAAAUUUUUGAUCCCAAAGUUUAAGAUAUCUGCCGAGUUUGAUCCUCUCCCUGUUCUGAAACCGUUAGGAUUCUCUUUUGAAAAUGGGCAUUUGACCGAGAUGGUGGAGGGUCGUGCUGUUGCUCUCAACAUGUUCCAAAAAUCUUUUAUUGAAGUUAAUGAAGAAGGCACUGAGGCUGCUGCUGUUUAUAUUACACGCGGACCUGGUUACUCAUCGGGUAUUGAUCCACCCAAACCUAUUCCUGUAGAUUUUGUGGCAGAUCACCCGUUCCUUUAUCUAAUCAGGGAAGACGUGACUGGAACGGUCAUGUUCGUUGGGCACGUCCUAAACCCCAUUAAAGAAAAAUAA